AUCCUCAAUGGAGGACCGGGAAGCCCAAGAUGAUGAACUGCUGGCUCUAGUGAGUAUUUAUGAUACAGAAGAGUUUCGUAGAGCCAAAUCAGGCCAGGAAGGUGAAAUCCAUCUGUGUCUUGAGCUUCCCAAGGACUUCAAGCUGCUGGUUGAUGGGGAAAAACGCAUGGAGUAUGACGUGUCAUUUUUGCCUCCCCUGGUUUUAAGCUUUGAGCUCCCUGCAGAUUACCCUUCCACAUCAGCACCAGUUUUUACCCUGAGCUCCAAAUGGCUGUCCAGACAACAGCUAACAGCUCUAUGCAAGCGACUAGAUGAGCUUUGGCUGGAGAAACAGGGCAGUGUGGUGAUCUUCACCUGGAUUCAGUUUCUCAAAGAAGAAGCUGUGUACUUUCUGGGCCUGCAGUCUCCUCUGAAGAUCCCCAGCAAUAGCAGAAAACAUCCACAGCUUGACCGCAGCAUGAGUGAGGGAGCUACGAAACAAGCAGAAACCGCCGGGGUGGAGAAGAGGAAACAGCCAGAACUGGACCCUCGUGCCGUUAUGGAGGUGGAAGCUGACGCUGACCUGCUACGUCUGUUGCUGGACUUUGACGAGGCGCAGCGGCAAAAGGUUUUUGAUGGGAAACCCUUCUGCUGCGGUAUCUGCUUCACUGAAAAGCUGGGCUCCAGCUGCAUGCUCUUUAAAGAAUGUGAGCAUGUUUACUGUAAAGCCUGUCUGAAGGAGUACUUUGAGAUUCAGAUUCAUGAUGGCAACGUCCAGUGCCUUAGAUGCCCUGAACCGAAAUGUACCUCUGUGGCUACUCCCUCACAGGUAAAGCUGCUGGUUGGGGAGGACGAGUUUGCACGCUAUGACCGCUUGCUGCUGCAGUCCAGUCUGGACCUGAUGGCGGAUGUUGUGUACUGCCCACGGACCGCGUGCGGUAUGGCUGUGAUGCUGGAGCCAGAUGCCAACAUGGGCCUGUGUCCAUCCUGCCGUUAUGCCUUCUGCACACUGUGCAAGCGCACCUACCACGGUCUCUCACACUGCCCCCCUACUGUCGAGGAGCUUCAAAGACUGCAUGAAGAUUAUCUUAAUGCCAGUGCGGAGGAGAGAAUCUUCUUGGAGCAGCGCUUCGGGAAGCAUGUGAUCAGGCGUGCCCUAGAAGAAUGCAGCAGACAGUGGCUUGAUGAGAACUCCAAAAAUUGCCCGCGCUGUGGCAGUCACAUCCAGAAGGAAGAAGGCUGUAACAAAAUGACCUGCUCCUUCUGUAAACAGCACUUCUGUUGGACCUGCCUAGCACCUCUCUCCAGUGAGGACCCCUAUAGCCACUUCAACGAACCCGGCUCACAGUGCUAGAAUAGGUACACUCUCUGCUUUACAUGUAGCUGUUCAUUGUUUAUAUGUACAGCCCAACUAAAUUCACGGGAAAAUGUGCUUAAUUUCAUGGACCUUGUUUUUGAAAAAUCACGGAUUUCAUGGAUUUUUAAAGAAAAGUGCCACAUUUCAUGACAGUCAUUAAAUAACACUCAUAAACUGAAUGAUAGAAUCAAUGGAAGCUACAAUACACAGCACAGCCUACUUUAAUAGAUGAAAGACAAACAUUCUUGUCCGUGUUUUCACACAACUCCCCUCUGCAACCACAUAAUCUGUUGGGAGUUUUCCAAACUCAGUUACCCGAGUCGUGUUUUUAGCUGAUUUAGACUUCGACAUCUUGGACAUUUUGUCGAACUGAUUGCUAGUGUGACCGAGCAAUAAAUUAUGAAAUAAACUGCACGUAGACAAAAUCUAGAGCAAAAUACUUUACUGGCUUGUUCUUUUGAGGCGCAGCACAGACUACACAGAGAUGAUCAUUUGUGUAGAGAAGCACACUUUUUCAUUGACUAUGGAAUCCCCAAAUGGACAAUACACUGAAUGCGUAAACACAUUCAUCAAACAUUGUUAGCACACUACACCACAGAAAAGUCUUAUACAGUAAUAUCCGUGAAUUAGGUAGGGCCUUAUUUAUGUGGCUUCCGAUAUCAGCUACGUUUAGCGUACUGUGUGACCCAGUUUGAUCUUGGCACAGCAUAUAUUCAGAUAAAUACAUAUCUACAGGUAAUACAUUCUUCUUUCAGGCUGGAAGAAAGAACUAAGAUUUUGCAGCAGCCAAUCAGAAUAAAAGGAUUCUGAGCUAAUUGUACUGUACUUUUAAAUACUGUAUAUUGCAAAACUUUAAAAUAGCAUACAGUAUACUGUCAAUUUACUACCUACUUGUGCCUAACUUAUUGUCUACAUUUCCAUGGGACACCGGACCAUAAACUUAUCAAACCUAUCAAAACAAUAUGAGGGUUGCUCCUUUUGCAUCUGUUUUUAUAAUACAUACCUAACUAAUCCUAUUUUUAUUUAUAUGCGUAUUAUUAUUAUUUUGUUUAUAGUACUAUGUACAUAGACAUAAUGCCAUAUAUGUAUAUAGCUAUAGUUAUAUAUUAAUCAUAGAUAUAUACGUUUACUAUUAUUCUCUGUUUUGCACAAUGCUACUAUUUGCACUUCUGGUAGAUGCUAACUGCAUUUUGUUGCCUUGUACCUGUACUGAGCAAUGACAAUAAAGUUGAAUCUGUCCACCAAUCCAUCCAUCCAUCAUGCAUUUAUUCACCUGCACCAGCCGAGUUCAUGUGCGAAUCAGCCCUGUGCACUGAGAGCCACACCCUGAUCAGCAUUAUUCCUCUACAUUGUGCAGACCUCAUCUACCAGCCAGCAGAGGUCGUAAAUGGUUCAGUUAUGAGGUCCCUAUCCGGCUCCUUAACCCUGUAUGUACAACAGCCAAACGUUGUUCAAAUAGCCGCCCAGCCCAGCAACAUGCCCUGUGGGCGACUCGCAUGGUCCCUACGGGCGACUAGGUGCCCAUGCGCACUGUGUUGGUGACCCCUGGUGUAUUUCCAACUUAACAUUACUGCAUGUCUUUAGACUGUGGGUGGAAACCGGAGCUCCUGGAGAAAACCCACACGGACACGGUAGAACAUGCAAACUCCACACAGAAAGGACGCAGACUGCUGAGAAUCGAAUGAAGAUGAAUAAAAGGCAGAGGAGAACUACUGUACCUUCAGGCACUUUAAUGACACACUUCCUGUUGUGUACUUACCUAUUUUCAUUUUACUUUACCUUGUUCAUUCAGAAUUUAAAAAAGGCCCAGAAUACUGACCUAGCACCCUAGUUUUUUCAGUAAUUUUAUUGUUGUUAAUUUAUAUGAAUAAAUUAUAAAUCUCAGCGUGUGUACUCCUAGAAUAAUGGUUAUUCUGCUGCUGUUCAUGUAAUUUUUUAGUAAAUGUACCAAGUAAUGCCAAAGAAAACCAUAAUGUUCUGUUUACAAAGUGAAGACAUCAGUACAAUCAGUGAUUGUAAAGGUUGAAUCCUGAAUGUAAUUGUUAUGGCUGUUUAUGUUAUAUUCUAUAAAAUGUAUUGCUCUUGUUAAAUAGUAAAUAUACUAACAAUGACUGAUAACCUUGGCUUUUUUCAAUUUCAAUAUAACCUUAUGAACUGAUGAACCUUGUGUAAUGAGUAACUACCGUUCCUGUCAUGAAUGUAACCAAAGAUGACGUUAAAAUCCAAAUAAACAAACAAACAAAUACACUGCAUCUUUA